AUGUUAAAAACAUUUUUCAAAGCUAUUUCAGCAAAAGAUUUAGAAAGUUUGCAAAAACUUUCAGAAGAAGUAUAUGCCACAGCAAAGGCAUCCAAACCAACGCGUGCUGCUGGUCAUAUUAAAACUGGUCGUAAUCAUAUUUUGAUAACACAAUCAAUAACAGGAAUAUUAUCAGUCCAAGCUCUUGGAAAAUUCAAUUUCUCGAGAUUUAAUGAGUUUUCAUACUUUUUGACUCCAUUAAUUUCUAAUCAAUUUGAAAAUGCAUCAAAGCCCCGAGCAUUUUGUGCUUUAAUUGCCGGAACUUUCCCAGUUAAGCAUUUUUCAGAUACAUUUUUGCAGUCAAUUGGUAUUCCUGAAAAAUACACUUCUCCAGCAACGUUUUUACUAUAUGGUGCUCUCGAAACAGCAUCAAUCAAACUUACACAGAAUAUUAAGACCAAUCUUGUUGAUUUUACUUUAACAUCUCUAUCAACUGCCGGACUUAUUUAUCUUAACUCGUUUAUAAUCGAAUCUAUCCACAAAUUAGUCCCAAUUAUUCCUUAUUUUGUCAUAUUUACUGCAGUUUCUUUCUUAUCAGCGCCAAUUCUCCACCGCGUUUGUACAUUUGGUGUGAAAAGCGCCAUUAGAUUUGUUAUUGAAAGUAUUGCUUCAUUAAUCUUCAAAGAACAAAAUUCCCACGCCGAAUAUCUUCCUACAGACAUAGAAGUACCAGAACCAAUGCAAUGCACGAUUUGCCACGAUCUCUUGAAUGAUCCAGUUGAAUGCCAAGGAUUCUUCUUCUGCAAGAAAUGCCUCGAUGAAUGGCAGAAAGUUGGCUCAAUUCAUCCAGCAAAUGGUUUGCCAAUUUCAGAAGAAACAAUUGUCAAGAAUGUGACGAUGAAUAUGAUCACGAUCAAGUACAGAAGAAUCGUUCUCAAUCAAUACAGAAGAGAUCAUCCUGAUUGGCAAGGAGAAAAUAUGGAUGAAGAAGAAAAUGAGCAAAUUACAGAUGAACAACAACAAGAUACACAGCAGCAAGAAUAA